AGCUCCUGUACUGGCUCAGUGUUCUUGUGGUUAUAUGCUUCAUCUAUCUCGAUUGAUCCGGGGGGGUAGCAACGCAAGAUGACGGCAGGGAUCACCAGACCUUGCUGUCCGGCGCUUCUUGUUCUUGUUGCUCUCGUUCUCGUGGUCAGCUGCUGCUGCGUGGAGGCCUCGCCGGCGGCGCCAGAUGAGCGGAGCGAUGGAGCCAGCGGGAGGAGGAGGAGGCGCGCGGCGUCUGCGAUGGUGCCCAUCACCAUCCUCAAAUCCGCCGUCCACGAGGGAGCCGUGUGCAUGGAUGGAACGCCAGCAGCUUAUCACUUGGAUCCUGGCUCUGGAGCAGGGAACAGCAGCUGGAUUGUAAACCUAGAGGGAGGCGGGUGGUGCAACAACGCGAGGACAUGCCGGCUUAGCAAGGGAACCGCCCGCGGCUCGUCGGACCGUAUGGAGAAGCAGAUCCCCUUCACCGGCAUCAUGAGCAGCAGCCGCGCCGCGAAUCCUGAUUUCUACAACUGGAACCGGGUGAAGAUUCGCUACUGCGACGGUGGAUCUUUUGCCGGCGACACAUACAACAAGGAGACUGGGAUAAAUUUCCGUGGUCAGCGCAUCUGGAACGCAGCCAUUAGGCACCUUCUCUCCAUUGGGAUGGCCUCUGCAAAUCAGGUGCUGCUCACCGGCUGCUCCUCUGGGGGCCUGGCGGUGAUACUGCACUGCGACCAGUUCCGCGCCUUCUUCCCCACCCGCGGCGGCCGGGGCACCGCCGUCAAGUGCCUCGCCGACGGCGGCCUCUACCUCGACGCCGUGGAUGUCUCUGGGGGCCGCAGCUUGAGAUCCUACUUCGAGGACGUCGUCUCCAUGCAGGGAGUAGCUCAGAACCUCCCGGCGACUUGCACCGCCCGUUUGGACGCCACCUCGUGCUUCUUCCCGCAAAAUAUAAUCGAUGGCAUAAAGACCCCAAUUUUCAUUCUAAAUGCAGCAUACGACUUCAUCCAGAUUGUGCUGAGCCUGGCCCCGGACAGAGCUGACCCCAGCGGCGCUUGGCGAGCCUGCAAGUCCAACCGUUCGGCCUGCAAUGCGUCCCAGAUGAGAUUCUUGCAAGAUUUCAGGGACCAGAUGGUGGCAUCCGUGAAAGGCUUCUCCGGUUCCAGGAGCAACGGGCUGUUCAUAAGCUCCUGCUUCGCCCACUGCCAGUCCGAACAGCUGGGCACCUGGAACAAUGCACCAGGUGGCUCCCCCACCAUUCAAAACAAGGGGAUUGCAAAAUCAGUUGGCGACUGGUACUUCGAUCGAGCUGAAGUGAAGGCAAUCGACUGCCGUUAUCCCUGCGACAAAACUUGCCACCACAUCAUAUGAGAAGAUCCUUGUUGUUCUUGCACCUUUUGGCUUUGCUAAGAGUAAGAGAGUGAGUGCACAGCAUAUGCGUUCUCGAGAGAGUACAUCACGUUGAUUUGAGAAUGCAUUUGAAUACAAACAUUAGUAGAAUAUUAAUACAAGAAAUAAGUGAU